AUGGACGUGGACGUGGACGUGGACGUGGACGUGGACGUGGACGUGGACGUGGACGUGGACGUGGACAUGGACGUGGACGUGGACGUGGACGUGGACGUGGACGUGGACGUGGACGUGGACGUGGACGUGGACGUGGACGUGGACGUGGACGUGGACGUGGACGUGGACAUGGACGUGGACGUGGACGUGGACGUGGACGUGGACGUGGACGUGGACGUGGACGUGGACGUGGACGUGGACGUGGACGUGGACGUGGACGUGGACGUGGACGUGGACGUGGACGUGGACGUGGACGUGGACAUGGACGUGGACGUGGACGUGGACGUGGACGUGGACGUGGACGUGGACGUGGACGUGGACGUGGACGUGGACGUGGACGUGGACGUGGACGUGGACGUGGACGUGGACGUGGACGUGGACGUGGACGUGGACGUGGACGUGGACGUGGACGUGGACGUGGACGUGGACGUGGACGUGGACGUGGACGUGGAGGACGUGGACGUGGACAUGGACGUGGACGUGGACGUGGACGUGGACGUGGACAUGGACGUGGACGUGGACGUGGACGUGGACGUGGACGUGGACGUGGACGUGGACGUGGACGUGGACGUGGACGUGGACGUGGACGUGGACGUGGACGUGGACGUGGACGUGGACGUGGACGUGGACGUGGACGUGGACGUGGACGGACGUGGACGUGGACGUGGACGUGGACGUGGACAUGGACGUGGACGUGGACGUGGACGUGGACGUGGACGUGGACGUGGACGUGGACGUGGACGUGGACGUGGACGUGGACGUGGACGUGGACAUGGACGUGGACGUGGACGUGGACGUGGACGUGGACGUGGACGUGGACGUGGACGUGGACGUGGACGUGGACGUGGACGUGGACGUGGACGUGGACGUGGACGUGGACGUGGACGUGGACGUGGACGUGGACGUGGACGUGGACGUGGACGUGGACGUGGACAUGGACGUGGACGUGGACGUGGACGUGGACAUGGACGUGGACAUGGACGUGGACGUGGACGUGGACGUGGACGUGGACGUGGACGUGGACGUGGACGUGGACGUGGACGUGGACGUGGACGUGGACAUGGACGUGGACGUGGACGUGGACAUGGACGUGGACGUGGACGUGGACGUGGACGUGGACGUGGACGUGGACGUGGACGUGGACGUGGACGUGGACGUGGACGUGGACGUGGACGUGGACGUGGACGUGGACGUGGACGUGGACGUGGACGUGGACGUGGACGUGGACGUGGACGUGGACGUGGACAUGGACGUGGACGUGGACGUGGACGUGGACAUGGACGUGGACGUGGACGUGGACGUGGACGUGGACGUGGACAUGGACGUGGACGUGGACGUGGACGUGGACGUGGACAUGGACGUGGACGUGGACGUGGACGUGGACGUGGACGUGGACAUGGACGUGGACGUGGACGUGGACGUGGACGUGGACAUGGACGUGGACGUGGACGUGGACGUGGACGUGGACGUGGACGUGGACGUGGACGUGGACGUGGACGUGGACGUGGACGUGGACGUGGACGUGGACGUGGACAUGGACGUGGACAUGGACGUGGACGUGGACGUGGACAUGGACGUGGACGUGGACGUGGACAUGGACGUGGACGUGGACGUGGACGUGGACGUGGACGUGGACGUGGACGUGGACGUGGACGUGGACGUGGACGUGGACGUGGACGUGGACGUGGACGUGGACGUGGACGUGGACGUGGACGUGGACGUGGACGUGGACGUGGACAUGGACGUGGACGUGGACGUGGACGUGGACAUGGACGUGGACGUGGACGUGGACGUGGACAUGGACGUGGACGUGGACGUGGACGUGGACGUGGACGUGGACGUGGACGUGGACGUGGACGUGGACGUGGACGUGGACGUGGACGUGGACGUGGACGUGGACGUGGACGUGGACGUGGACGUGGACGUGGACGUGGACGUGGACAUGGACGUGGACAUGGACGUGGACGUGGACGUGGACGUGGACAUGGACGUGGACGUGGACGUGGACGUGGACGUGGACGUGGACAUGGACGUGGACGUGGACGUGGACGUGGACGUGGACGUGGACGUGGACGUGGACGUGGACGUGGACGUGGACGUGGACGUGGACGUGGACGUGGACGUGGACGUGGACGUGGACGUGGACGUGGACGUGGACGUGGACGUGGACAUGGACGUGGACAUGGACGUGGACGUGGACGUGGACGUGGACGUGGACGUGGACGUGGACGUGGACGUGGACGUGGACGUGGACGUGGACGUGGACGUGGACGUGGACGUGGACGUGGACGUGGACGUGGACGUGGACGUGGACGUGGACGUGGACAUGGACGUGGACGUGGACGUGGACGUGGACAUGGACGUGGACGUGGACGUGGACGUGGACAUGGACGUGGACGUGGACGUGGACGUGGACGUGGACGUGGACGUGGACAUGGACGUGGACGUGGACGUGGACGUGGACAUGGACGUGGACGUGGACGUCGUGGACGUGGACGUGGACAUGGACGUGGACGUGGACGUGGACGUGGACGUGGACGUGGACGUGGACGUGGACGUGGACGUGGACGUGGACGUGGACGUGGACGUGGACGUGGACGUGGACGUGGACGUGGACGUGGACGUGGACGUGGACGUGGACGUGGACGUGGACGUGGACGUGGACGUGGACGUGGACGUGGACGUGGACGUGGACGUGGACGUGGACGUGGACGUGGACGUGGACGUGGACAUGGACGUGGACGUGGACGUGGACGUGGACGUGGACGUGGACGUGGACGUGGACGUGGACGUGGACGUGGACGUGGACAUGGACGUGGACGUGGACGUGGACGUGGACGUGGACGUGGACGUGGACGUGGACGUGGACGUGGACGUGGACGUGGACGUGGACGUGGACGUGGACGUGGACGUGGACGUGGACGUGGACGUGGACGUGGACGUGGACGUGGACGUGGACAUGGACGUGGACGUGGACGUGGACGUGGACGUGGACAUGGACGUGGACGUGGACGUGGACGUGGACGUGGACGUGGACGUGGACAUGGACGUGGACGUGGACGUGGACGUGGACAUGGACGUGGACGUGGACGUGGACGUGGACGUGGACGUGGACGUGGACAUGGACGUGGACGUGGACGUGGACGUGGACGUGGACAUGGACGUGGACGUGGACGUGGACGUGGACAUGGACGUGGACGUGGACGUGGACGUGGACGUGGACGUGGACGUGGACGUGGACGUGGACGUGGACGUGGACGUGGACGUGGACGUGGACGUGGACAUGGACGUGGACGUGGACGUGGACGUGGACGUGGACGUGGACGUGGACGUGGACGUGGACGUGGACGUGGACGUGGACGUGGACGUGGACGUGGACGUGGACGUGGACGUGGACGUGGACGUGGACGUGGACGUGGACGUGGACGUGGACGUGGACGUGGACGUGGACGUGGACGUGGACGUGGACAUGGACGUGGACGUGGACGUGGACGUGGACGUGGACGUGGACAUGGACGUGGACGUGGACGUGGACGUGGACGUGGACGUGGACGUGGACGUGGACGUGGACGUGGACGUGGACGUGGACGUGGACAUGGACGUGGACGUGGACGUGGACGUGGACGUGGACGUGGACGUGGACGUGGACGUGGACAUGGACGUGGACGUGGACGUGGACGUGGACGUGGACGUGGACGUGGACGUGGACGUGGACGUGGACGUGGACGUGGACGUGGACGUGGACGUGGACGUGGACGUGGACGUGGACGUGGACGUGGACGUGGACGUGGACAUGGACGUGGACGUGGACGUGGACGUGGACGUGGACGUGGACGUGGACGUGGACGUGGACGUGGACGUGGACGUGGACGUGGACGUGGACGUGGACGUGGACGUGGACGUGGACGUGGACGUGGACGUGGACGUGGACGUGGACGUGGACGUGGACGUGGACGUGGACGUGGACGUGGACGUGGACGUGGACGUGGACGUGGACGUGGACGUGGACGUGGACGACGUGGACGUGGACGUGGACGUGGACAUGGACGUGGACGUGGACGUGGACGUGGACGUGGACGUGGAUGGACGUGGACGUGGACGUGGACGUGGACGUGGACGUGGACGUGGACGGACGUGGACGUGGACAUGGACGUGGACGUGGACGUGGACAUGGACGUGGACGUGGACGUGGACGUGGACGUGGACGUGGACGUGGACGUGGACGUGGACGUGGACGUGGACAUGGACGUGGACGUGGACGUGGACGUGGACGUGGACGUGGACGUGGACGUGGACGUGGACGUGGACGUGGACGUGGACGUGGACGUGGACGUGGACAUGGACGUGGACGUGGACGUGGACGUGGACGUGGACGUGGACGUGGACGUGGACGUGGACGUGGACAUGGACGUGGACGUGGACGUGGACGUGGACGUGGACGUGGACGUGGACGUGGACGUGGACGUGGACGUGGACGUGGACGUGGACGUGGACGUGGACGUGGACGUGGACGUGGACGUGGACGUGGACGUGGACGUGGACGUGGACGUGGACGUGGACGUGGACGUGGACGUGGACGUGGACGUGGACGUGGACGUGGACGUGGACGUGGAGGACGUGGACGUGGACGUGGACGUGGACGUGGACGUGGACGUGGACGUGGAGGACGUGGACGUGGACAUGGACGUGGACGUGGACGUGGACGUGGACGUGGACGUGGACGUGGACGUGGACGUGGACGUGGACGUGGACGUGGACGUGGACGUGGACAUGGACGUGGACGUGGACGUGGACGUGGACGUGGACGUGGACGUGGACGUGGACGUGGACGUGGACGUGGACGUGGACGUGGACGUGGACGUGGACGUGGACGUGGACGUGGACGUGGAGGACGUGGACGUGGACAUGGACGUGGACGUGGACGUGGACGUGGACGUGGACAUGGACGUGGACGUGGACGUGGACGUGGACAUGGACGUGGACGUGGACGUGGACGUGGACGUGGACGUGGACGUGGACGUGGAGAACGUGGACGUGGACAUGGACGUGGACGUGGACGUGGACGUGGACGUGGACGUGGACGUGGACGUGGACGUGGACGUGGACGUGGACGUGGACGUGGACGUGGACGUGGACGUGGACGUGGACAUGGACGUGGACGUGGACGUGGACGUGGACGUGGACGUGGACGUGGACGUGGACGUGGACGUGGACGUGGACGUGGACGUGGACGUGGACGUGGACGUGGACGUGGACGUGGACGUGGACGUGGACGUGGACGUGGACGUGGACGUGGACGUGGACGUGGACGUGGACGUGGACGUGGACGUGGACGUGGACGUGGACGUGGACGUGGACGUGGACGUGGACGUGGACGUGGACGGAGUGGACGUGGACGUGGACGUGGACGUGGACGUGGACGUGGACGUGGAGGACGUGGACGUGGACAUGGACGUGGACGUGGACGUGGACGUGGACGUGGACGUGGACGUGGACGUGGACGUGGACAUGGACGUGGACGUGGACGUGGACGUGGACGUGGACGUGGACGUGGACGUGGACGUGGACGUGGACGUGGACAUGGACGUGGACGUGGACGUGGACGUGGACGUGGACGUGGACGUGGACGUGGACGUGGACGUGGACGUGGACGUGGACAUGGACGUGGACGUGGACGUGGACGUGGACAUGGACGUGGACGUGGACGUGGACGUGGACAUGGACGUGGACGUGGACGUGGACGUGGACGUGGACGUGGACGUGGACGUGGACGUGGACGUGGACGACGUGGACGUGGACGUGGACGUGGACAUGGACGUGGACGUGGACGUGGACGUGGACGUGGACGUGGACAUGGACGUGGACGUGGACGUGGACGUGGACAUGGACGUGGACGUGGACGUGGACGUGGACGUGGACGUGGACGUGGACGUGGACGUGGACGUGGACGUGGACGUGGACGUGGACGUGGACGUGGACGUGGACGUGGACGUGGACGUGGACAUGGACGUGGACGUGGACGUGGACGUGGACGUGGACGUGGACGUGGACGUGGACGUGGACGUGGACGUGGACGUGGACGUGGACAUGGACGUGGACGUGGACGUGGACGUGGACAUGGACGUGGACGUGGACGUGGACGUGGACGUGGACGUGGACAUGGACGUGGACAUGGACGUGGACGUGGACGUGGACGUGGACGUGGACGUGGACGUGGACGUGGACGUGGACGUGGACGUGGACGUGGACGUGGACGUGGACGUGGACGUGGACGUGGACGUGGACGUGGACGUGGACGUGGACGUGGACAUGGACGUGGACGUGGACGUGGACGUGGACGUGGACGUGGACGUGGACGUGGACGUGGACGUGGACGUGGACGUCGUGGACGUGGACGUGGACAUGGACGUGGACGUGGACGUGGACGUGGACGUGGACGUGGACGUGGACGUGGACGUGGACAUGGACGUGGACGUGGACAUGGACGUGGACGUGGACGUGGACGUGGACAUGGACGUGGACGUGGACGUGGACGUGGACGUGGACGUGGACGUGGACGUGGACGUGGACGUGGACGUGGACAUGGACGUGGACGUGGACGUGGACGUGGACGUGGACGUGGACGUGGACGUGGACAUGGACGUGGACGUGGACGUGGACGUGGACGUGGACGUGGACGUGGACGUGGACGUGGACGUGGACAUGGACGUGGACGUGGACGUGGACGUGGACGUGGACGUGGACGUGGACGUGGACGUGGACAUGGACGUGGACGUGGACGUGGACGUGGACGUGGACGUGGACAUGGACGUGGACGUGGACGUGGACGUGGACGUGGACAUGGACGUGGACGUGGACGUGGACGUGGACGUGGACGUGGACGUGGACGUGGACGUGGACGUGGACGUGGACAUGGACGUGGACAUGGACGUGGACGUGGACAUGGACGUGGACGUGGACGUGGACGUGGACGUGGACGUGGACGUGGACGUGGACGUGGACGUGGACGUGGACGUGGACGUGGACGUGGACGUGGACGUGGACGUGGACAUGGACGUGGACGUGGACGUGGACGUGGACGUGGACGUGGACGUGGACGUGGACGUGGACGUGGACGUGGACGUGGACGUGGACGUGGACGUGGACGUGGACGUGGACGUGGACGUGGACGUGGACGUGGACGUGGACGUGGACGUGGACGUGGACGUGGACGUGGACGUGGACGUGGACGUGGACGUGGACGUGGAGGACGUGGACGUGGACGUGGACGUGGACGUGGACGUGGACGUGGACGUGGAGGACGUGGACGUGGACGUGGACGUGGACGUGGACGUGGACGUGGACGUGGACAUGGACGUGGACGUGGACGUGGACGUGGACGUGGACGUGGACGUGGACAUGGACGUGGACGUGGACGUGGACGUGGACGUGGACGUGGACGUGGACGUGGACGUGGACAUGGACGUGGACGUGGACGUGGACGUGGACGUGGACGUGGACGUGGACGUGGACGUGGACGUGGACGUGGACUUGACGUGGACGUGGACGUGGACGUGGACGUGGACGUGGACGUGGACAUGGACGUGGACAUGGACGUGGACGUGGACAUGGACGUGGACGUGGACGUGGACGUGGACGUGGACGUGGACGUGGACGUGGACGUGGACAUGGACGUGGACAUGGACGUGGACGUGGACGUGGACGUGGACGUGGACGUGGACGUGGACGUGGACGUGGACGUGGACAUGGACGUGGACGUGGACGUGGACGUGGACGUGGACGUGGACAUGGACGUGGACGUGGACGUGGACGUGGACAUGGACGUGGACGUGGACGUGGACGUGGACGUGGACGUGGACGUGGACAUGGACGUGGACGUGGACGUGGACGUGGACGUGGACGUGGACGUGGACGUGGACGUGGACGUGGACGUGGACGUGGACGUGGACGUGGACGUGGACGUGGACGUGGACGUGGACGUGGACGUGGACGUGGACGUGGACGUGGACGUGGACGUGGACGUGGACGUGGACAUGGACGUGGACGUGGACGUGGACGUGGACGUGGACGUGGACGUGGACGUGGACGUGGACGUGGACGGACGUGGACGUGGACAUGGACGUGGACGUGGACGUGGACGUGGACGUGGACGUGGACAUGGACGUGGACGUGGACGUGGACGUGGACGUGGACGUGGACGUGGACGUGGACAUGGACGUGGACGUGGUCGUGGACGUGGACGUGACGUGGACGUGGACGUGGACGUGGACGUGA